AUCACAUUUGGUGUUGUCGUAGAACUGUCAUUGUCACAAUUUUUUUUUGGUCCUCUGUCUAGUUCAUUACUUUGAAUGUGUAGCAAAGCUUCUCGAUCAUGGCUGGAUAUCUUACAUGGCUGUGGAGAUAUAGGAACUAUAUCGUGAUAGUUCUCACACCUCUUCUACUUCUGCCUCUGCCUAUUGUCAUCCCCACCCCGGAGGCAAAAUGCGGCUUUGUGAUCAUCCUGAUGGCGCUGUACUGGUGUACAGAGUGCAUCCCUCUGGCUGUGACGGCCUUGCUCCCUAUUAUCCUUUUCCCCAUGUUGAAGAUCAUGCCGUCAGAGCAGGUGUGUAUCCAGUACCUGAAAGACUCCAACAUGCUCUUCAUUGGUGGGAUGCUGGUGGCCAUCGCUGUGGAGCAUUGGAACCUGCACAAGAGAAUUGCCCUCCAAGUCCUGCUAUUUGUCGGUGUCAAACCUUCACUACUGAUGAUAGGCUUCAUGGGCACCACAGCGUUCCUGUCCAUGUGGAUCAGUAACACAGCAUCCACGGCCAUGAUGCUGCCCAUCGCCAAUGCCGUGCUGCAGCAGCUCAAUGACUCAGAGGCCAAUGCUGAAGAACGGGCCAAUGAACUCCGCGCUGCCAGGGAUGGCUUGGAAAACCAAGGCUUUGAGAUGACUGACUCUACCAAAUCCAAGGAGGUCAAACUAGAGGACAGGCACAUUAACAUGGAUGUAGAUCAUAUGCAUGUGGCAGACAAUGAGGUUCCAAAGGGUCACUCUUGGAGUCCAGAGAUGGCACAGCAGCAUAGAAACAAGCGAGAAGAGAGGUACAUGAACCUGACCAAAGGCAUGAGUCUGUGCGUGUGCUAUGCUGCCAGCAUUGGAGGGACAGCCACUCUGACGGGAACCACACCCAAUGUCAUCCUGAUGGGUCAGAUUGAUGGGCUUUUCCCUCAAAAUGGCGGCAUCAUCAAUUUUGCAAGCUGGUUUGGCUUCGCAUUCCCCAACAUGGUUCUCAUGCUGGCCUUAGCUUGGUUGUGGUUGCAGUUUAUGUUUCUGGGCUUUAAUCUGAAAGAGUCAUUUGGAUGUGGUGGAAAGACCGCAGGUGACAAGGAGGCCUACCAGGUAAUCAAAGAUGAGUACAAAAAAUUGGGCAGGAUGAGCUUUGCAGAGGCCAUUGUGCUGGUUAUCUUCACGCUGCUGGUUCUUCUGUGGUUUACCAGAGAGCCUGGCUUCAUACCAGGCUGGGCCACCGUUCUCUUCAACCAAAACAAAGUGUAUGUCACAGAUGGCACUGUGGCCAUUUUUAUGUCAGCGCUCUUCUUCUGCAUCCCCUCCAAAUUUCCCCUAUGUGGCAGGUCGUCUGAGGAAGAACCCGCGCCUCCUCUGCUAACUUGGGAAACUGUCCAUGAAAAAAUGCCUUGGAACAUCCUUUUGCUCCUGGGAGGCGGCUUUGCUCUAGCCCACGGUAGUGAGCUAUCCGGGCUGUCCAAGUGGUUAGGAGAAAGUCUGGAACCGCUGCAGAGUAUCCCUCCUUUUGCCAUCUCCAUCUUGCUGUGUCUGAUGGUGGCCAUGUUCACGGAAUGUUCCAGCAACACUGCUACCACCACUCUGUUUUUACCAAUACUCGGUGCAAUGGCCACCGCCAUUAAAAUCCACCCACUUUAUGUGAUGUUUCCCUGCACCAUUGCUGCUUCCUUGGCUUUCAUGUUGCCUGUGGCCACGCCCCCCAACGCCAUCGCCUUCUCCUAUGGCAACCUUCGAGUCAUGGACAUGGCCAAGGCUGGAUUCAUCCUAAACUUCCUUGGGGUCAUCACCAUCAACAUCGGCAUUAACACUUGGGGGGUGGCCAUGUUCGAUCUGAACACCUUCCCCAGUUGGGCAAAUGUUACUGAAGUUCCUUGAAUUUCAUCUCAAG